GAUUUUACUCUUACCUUUUCCCGUCUUUAGUCUUUAGAUGAUAACAACCUUUUCACAGUCCCUUUCCUCAUCUGCUUCCCACUCACACGCACAAUCACAGAGCACUGAUGUCUCUUCUCUGUUUCUCUGUUUCUGCACUCUCUGUGUCAGUCUCUCCCUCUUUUCCUCCUCGGCUGAGCUGAGAGAGAGUGAGAGAGAGAUUGGGUGUACAAAGCUUUGCCCACAAUGCCCACCUUCUUCUUCUUUUUUCUGCUCUUAUUCUGGGCACCUCUGCAGUUAUCCUGCACCAACUCCAUUGUUGGCCGCAAGAUUCUCCACGAGCCCUAUGUGCCUCUCGACUCUCUCCCUCCUUCUCAGCCUCCGUCUCCAUCUCCCCCAUCUUCUCCCACUACCCCCAAGUACCCUUUUUCCACUUCCACCCCCAACCAGUCUCCGUUUUUCCCGUCCUAUCCCCCACCCCCUCCUCCUCCCUCCCCUGCCUCCUUCGCUUCCUUCCCUGCCAACAUCUCCUCCCUCAUUCUCCCUCAAUCCCCCUCUUCCAAGCACACUUCUUCCAAGCUCGUUGCAGUAUCCGCCGCUGCCGCCGUAUCAGCCGUCGUAUUCUUCGGGGCUGCGGUUUUCUUCCAUUUGCGGCGCCGUGGUUUCGCCGAAGACAAGACUUCGAGGUCCGAUAACAGUAGCAGGUUGUUCCCGGAGAAUGCCGAAAGAGGUAAUGGGACUAUCACCGUCGACGCCAGCAGUUCCGAGUUUCUGUACCUAGGCACGCUGGUCAACUCUCGGGGAAUUGAUGAUAGCUGUGUUAAUGCUAACGUUGGAAAUGGUGAUGGCGGCGGCGGCGAUUUGGAUACUCGGAAGCUGAGUUCUCCGGAGCUCCUCCCGCUUCCGCCGCUGGCUCGGCAGAGUUCCAGGGUUGUUGGUGGCGACGAGGAGGAGACAGAGGAGGAAGAAGAUGAGUUUUACUCGCCUAGAGUGUCGUUGAGUAUCACUGGAUCAGGCUCCCGGAGAUUGUUUCUGGCCGAGGAGAAAAAAUGCAGUGAUUCCAGUUCCUGUUCGUAUCCAUCUUCGACUUCCGGUUCGCCGGCUCGGUCUCACUCCAUUAGUCUCUCUCCCAGUUUGAGCCCCAGAAGAUUGCAACCCAACUCUGCACAGCCACAAGCACCAGAUGCAUCUCCAAGACCAUCGAACGACGCUAAUUCUAGUAAAAAUGUGGGAUAUUCGUCUUCGGCAUUAUCGACUCCAGAGAGAGCUGUUGACAGGAACCCAGAUGCGUCUUUGGGAGCAUGGAAUCAAAAGGUUGAGUCAACUACUUUUCCGUCGGACAAUCACCAGGAUGCGUCUCCAAGAAUAUCAAAUGUUUCGGAUCAAAUGUCUCCGACUUCGAGGAUACUUGAUUUAGCUUUAUCACCCAAUGCUUCAGAUCGAAAUCUCCGGCAGUCUCCCACACCUUCACUUCCUUCUUCAUCACAGUCUCCGCCACCUUCGCCGAAGCGUAACUUGGAGGGAAAUUCACCGACAAGAUCCUGUCUUGAGAAGUCCCCUGAGAGAACUCUCAGUGCUACAUCACAGCUGCAUUGUAUUCCGUCUCCUCCACCUUUGAGGAUCCUUGAUUUACCUUCAUCACCCAAUGAUUCAGAUCGAAGUAAUAUGCAGUCUCCCACAACUUCACUACGUUCUUUAUCGCCAUCUCCGCCAUCUUCGCCGGAGCGUAACUUGGAGGGAGAUACACCAGCAAGAUCCUGGCUUGGGAAGUCUCCAGAGAGAACUCCCAGUGCUUCAUUGCAGCUGAAUUGUAUUCCGUCUCCUCCGCCUUCGAGGAUCCUUGAUUCAGCUUUAUCAGCCAAUGUUUUGGAUCGAGAUCACUGGCAGUCUCCCACACUUUCACUACCUUCUCCAUCACCAUCUCCGCCGUCUUCGCCGGAGCCUAAAUUGGAGGAAAAUACACCAACAAGAUCCUGGCUUGAGAAGUCUCCAGAGAGAACUCUCAGUGACUCGUUGCAGUCGCAUCUUAUUCCGUCUCCUCCGCCUUCCAGUAUCCUUGAUUUAGCCUUAUCACCCAAUGCUUCGGGUCGAGAUCACCGGCUGUCUCCCACAACUUCACUACCUUCUUCAUCACCAUCUCUGCCAUCUUCGCCGGAGCGUAACUUGGAGGAAAAUACACUGGCAAGAUCCUGGCUUGAGGAGUCUCCAGAGCGAACUCUCAGUGAUUCAUUGCAGCAGAACGGUAUUCCGUCUCCUCCGCCAUCGAGGAUCCUUGAUUUAGCUUCAUCACCCAAUGCCUUGGAUCGAGAUCACCGGCAGUCUCCCACACCUUCACUACUUUCUUCAUCACCAUCUCCGCCAUCUUCGCCGGAUCGUAACUUGGAGGAAGAUACGCCAACAAGCUCCUGCCUUGAGAAGUCUCCAGAGCGAACUCUCAUUGACUCAUUGCAGCAGAAUCGUAUUCCGUCUCCUCCGCCUUCGAAGAUCCUUGAUUUAGCUUCAUCACCCAUUGCUUUAGAUCGAGAUCACCGGCGGUCUCCCACACCUUCACUACUUUCUUCAUCACCAUCUCCGCCAUCUUCGCCGGAGCGUAACUUGGAGGAAGAUACGCCAACAAGAUCCUGCCUUGAGAAGUCUCCAGAGCGAACUCUCAGUGACUCAUUGCAGCAGAAUCGUAUUCCGUCUCCUCCGCCUUCGAGGAUCCUUGAUUUAGCUUCAUCACCCAUUGCUUUAGAUCGAGAUCACCGGCAGUCUCCCACACCUUCACUACUUUCUUCAUCACCAUCUCCGCCAUCUUCGCCGGAGCGUAACUUGGAGGAAGAUACGCCAACAAGAUCCUGGCUUGAGAAGUCUCCAGAGCGAGCUCUCAGUUACUCAUUGCAGCAUAAUCGUAUUCCGUCUCCUCCUCCAUCUAGGAUCCUUGAUUUAGCUUCAUCACCCAAUGCUUCGGAUCGAGAUCACCGGCGGUCUCCCACACCUUCACUACCUACUUCGUCACCAUCUCCGCCAUCUUCGCCGGAGCAUAAUUUGGAGGAAAAUACACCAAGAAGAUCCUGUCUUGAGAAGUCUCCAGAGAGAACUCUCAGUGCUUCAUCACAACCCCAUCGUAUUUCGUCUCCGCCGCCUUCGAGGACCCUUGAUUUAGCUUCAUCACCCAAUGCUUCGGAUGGUGAUCACCGGCAGUCUCCCACACCUUCACUACUCUCUUCAUCACCAUCUCCGCCAUCUUCGCCGGAACGUGACUUGGAGGAUACGCCAAGAAGAUCCUGUCUUGAGAAGUCUCCAGAGCGAACUCUCAGUGCUUCAUCGCCCAGCGCGUCGGAUCAAAAUCACCGGCAGUCUCCCGCACCUUCACUACCUCCUUCAUCACCAUCUCCGCCAUCUUCGCCGGAACGUAAUUUGGAGGAAAAUGCACCGACAAGAUCUUGUCUUGAGAAGUCUCCAGAGAGAACUCCCAGUGCUUCAUCACAGCCGCAUUGUAUUCCACCCCCUCCACCGCCACCGCCACCUCCGCUACCUAUGCACGGACACUGGGAAACUCCAGAUCCUUCAACACCCAUUUCUGAGUCCAAGCCCAUCUCUCAGCCGCCCGCACUAAUACCGCCUUCGAGGCCUUUUGUAUUGCAAAACCCAACACAGGUUUCUCCAAUUGAGUUGCCACCCAGUUCUACAUCCACAGAGAAGAGUGAGGAAACUCCCAAGCCCAAGCUGAAGCCGUUACAUUGGGAUAAAGUAAGAGCCAGCUCUGAUCGUGAAAUGGUGUGGGAUCACCUCAGAUCUAGUUCUUUUAAAUUGAAUGAGGAAAUGAUCGAGACAUUGUUUGUCGUGAACACACCGAAUCCAAAGCCUAAAGAAACAACUCCACGCUCGGUUAUUCCUUCACCAAAUCACGAGAAUAGAGUGCUUGAUCCCAAAAAGUCGCAGAAUAUUGCAAUUUCGUUAAGGGCCCUUAAUGUUACCACAGAGGAAGUCUGCGAUGCCCUUUUAGAAGGAAAUGCAGAAAGUCUUGGUUCUGAAAUACUGGAAAGUUUGCUGAAGAUGGCUCCUACCAAAGAAGAAGAAUGGAAACUGAAGGAGUACAAAGAUGAUGAUUCAGUAAUUAAGCUUGGCCCAGCUGAGAAAUUUUUGAAGGCACUGCUUGAUGUACCUUUUGCAUUUAAAAGGGUGGAUGCAAUGCUUUACAUAGCUAAUUUUGAGUCCGAGAUUGAGUACCUCAAAAAAUCUUUUGGAACUCUAGAGGCUGCUUGCGAAGAACUGAGAAACUGCAGGAUGUUUUUGAAGCUUCUAGAUGCUGUGUUAAAGACUGGGAACCGCAUGAACAUUGGGACAAACCGUGGGGAUGCCCAUGCCUUCAAGCUCGACACACUUCUCAAGCUUGUUGAUGUCAAGGGUUCAGAUGGAAAAACCACUCUUUUGCAUUUUGUUGUACAAGAGGUUAUCAGAACGGAAGGUGCUCGACUCUCAGGUACCAACCAAACUCCAAACACUACUUUGAGUGAAGAUGCCAAGUGUAGGAAGCUUGGCCUACAAGUUGUUUCCGGUCUGAGUUCAGAGCUUACCAAUGUGAAGAAAGCUGCUGCAAUGGACUCUGAUGUGCUUAGCAGUGAAGUCUCCAAACUUUCUAGGGGGAUUGGGAACAUUGGUGAGGUUGUGCGAUUGAAUGAGACAACAGGAUUGAAUGAAAGCAGCCAGAAAUUCUCAGAGUCGAUGCACAAAUUCAUGCAAAUGGCUGAGGAGGAGAUUAUAAGAAUUCAAGCCCAAGAAAGUGUUGCGCUGUCUCUAGUGAAGGAGAUUACAGAAUACUUCCAUGGGGACUCCGCCAGGGAAGAAGCUCAUCCCUUCAGAAUCUUCCUGGUCGUUAGAGACUUUCUUACCAUUCUUGAUCGGGUCUGCAAGGAAGUUGGUAUGAUUAACGAGCGAACAAUAGUUAGUUCUGCCCAUAAAUUUCCAGUUCCAGUGAACCCAAUGCUGCCACAAGUUAUUCCUCCAAGGCGGCAGUACAACUCCUCGGAUGAUGAGAGUGCAUGUCCUUAGUUUUAUGGCUCAUAUCAGGGCGACCUUAAACUGCAUCUAGCUACUCCUUAUAACAACAGGUUGUGCAUAGGAAAGGUUGGAGCUCUUAUGGUUCUAACUUCUUGUAAUUUAAUUUAUAUAUUUUUCUUUGAAUCUGUAUAAAUCCAUGUAAAAGAGCUUGAUUUCUUCCUAUAGAUAAUAUACAAAGAACAGGGUUUUUUCCCCUACGUAGAACAAGUGAGUACGAUAAAUUUUUGGGAUAUGUAUUGUAAGCGUUUGAACAAUUAUCAGUGGCAAUACAAAAUGCAGUUUAACAUAAA